CCCAACCGCCGCUGUGUUUAUCAGACGCUCUCUCUAACUGUCUCUGUCCAUCUUCCAUUAACUUCCCCCUUUCCGUCAUUCCAGGGCCCACUCACUCUCCUCCUGACAAGAGAGCUCGCACCUGUUCCCGACUACUCGCAUGAAUGGAAUACCUAUCUCUAAUGCGUUUCUAAUUCUCGCAUGCUUCCAGAGCCUUCGUUCCUGGGCAGAGUGGCGCGCACUCGACACAUGAUUGGAUAGCCGUGAUUUCUCGGACUUGAAAGCUGCUCUUUGAUUGGUUGUCUGACACAGACAGAAACCAGAGGAUAACAUACAGCUCGGCCACUUCUCGUUCCUUUUCUCUGGGCGAGCACAGUCUUACCUGAAAGGAAGAGGCAUAAAUACUUCUAACUGACGCUUCCCAGUUGGAUCUAUAUUAAGUGGGCUAAAGACGUUUGGAGACUGUCUAUUCUGGUCUCUGAGAUGAAGCUGAGUGUGUGUGCGCUAGUGUGUCUGCUUGUCCUGCUGGCGGUGUGUGUGACGGAUGCAGGAAAGAAGAAAUGUCGUGAUGAGAACGGGAAAAAAAUCAAACGAUGUCAGGUGAAGAGAGACGGUCGGAACAAAGGGAGAAAGGCGAGAGGGAGCCCGGGUUCCUGUGGUCGGAGUUACUUUGUGCCACAAGUGAUGACGUCAGAUGAUGACGCAUGGCUAGUGCCUGGAGCGCAUCUCAACCAACCGUGCCGGAAACCUGACGUCAGUAGCUCAGAACAAAACAGAGACAGACCCGUCCUGAGUCGUGUCCCACAACCGGACAUCAUACUUGAAUAUUCAAUUGAUGCCACCCCCUCCUCCCAAAUCUCCUACCCCUUUUCUUUCCUAUCACAGAGGUCCCAAAACCCCACCCUCCUUCUUUCUCAUCCCUGAGGUCCUGACACCCACCCCCCCUCUCCCACGAUGAUUGUACGUGUGCAGCAAGCACUCAGAUGGGAUCCUGGUUUUUUCCUUUGAUGUCCUUUCAUGUCCUAUGGAGGACCUAGCUCCACUCUGAUGUCUGGCUAAUAUCCUGUGAUGUCCUGGUCAUUGCAGGAUGAUGCCCUGGUGUUAUUGUUAUGCACCACGACGACCCCCACCUGGACCAUAAUGUCCACAUGAUGUCCUUAUAAUAUUCACAUAAUGCACCGACGAAACCCUCUUUAUGUCCCCAUUAUGCAUUCAGAAUGUCCCCCUUAUGCCGCCAUGAUGCCUCCAAAAUGUCCCCACGAUGCCUCCAUUAUUCCCACAUGAUGUACAUGUACCCAUAGUUUCCUCACAUUGUCCCAUUUUGCCCCAACAAUAUCCCCAAGAUGUCCCCUGCCUGAUGUUACGAAUGGCUAACGUUUUAACAAAGACACUCCAGUAUCAAUAGGCGCCCUUAUAUAUAGACGGAGAGUUCUUCUAAGUGCAUGUCACGAAAUUACAUAAUUACAAGUAUAAUUUUUUUCCUGUUGUCUCCUUCUAUUUCAAAGACAAUACAUUAUUAAUCAACAGUGUGUACAUGUACAGUCAUUUGUAUUGGCUUUUGUCUAGAUAUUUUUCAAGUUAUCACAAUAAAUGUGGUUCGUGACAAUUUGUUGUACUCCAACAGCAAAUAUGGGUCAUUGAGCUGGAAUCAGACGCUCGUCAAAUUAUAAGGAACUGAGAAAUCAGUAUUUUUUAUGACUGUUGUAAGAUUGUUAUUGUAAAUGAUUUGCUCAGAAAUCUUCUCCACCCAUUAAAGAACAUAUCUGAGGAUGAAUUUCACCAAAAAAAGUUGGUUAAAAGUAAAAAAAAUGUGUACAUGUACUUUCGUAGACAGAGUACGGCUGUAAUGUGCCGAACAACGUAAGUAAAAUAUUGACUACUGAAAGGGUGAAAUUUUGACACGCGAAUGAGCCCUAAGUCUUCACCAAAAGUAUUGCCCAUUGAUUGGUAUCAACUGAAACCUUAAAGUCGUAUCUGUCAGUCUACCCGUUCUGUUUCGGAAAUUUCUUAGAAAGAAACCAAAGAAAAAGUGUUUUGUAGCAUAAACAAUUCUUCAACAUAGACCCCCAAAAAACCUCCUGAAAAAUACAUUUUGAUUCGCUGAGGGUUGUCACGUGACCUCGACUUAGUAUCAAUGUGUACAGUUAUAUUAUGGACUUUGCUUUUGUUGAGAUUAUUUGUUUGUUACCACAAACUGAAGACCUGAGAAUAACCCCUAGGUCAAGUCACAUUUAGGUGAUUUCGAGAAAGUGAGCAAAUACCUCAUUCGUGAAAUAAAUACAAUUAAGUUCCAAUUUGAGGGCUUAAAUAGACAUUUUACAGGACCUGAAUUGUUGUUGCAUUAGUUUUUGCAUCUUAAACAAGAAUAUCUGGGCGUAGGAACAAAAUAACGCUUCUUCAGUUCAUCUAAUAGAUAGUCCUUUGUCGCCGCUUUCGAACCAUGUGCAGAACUCUAUUUUUAGGAAAAUGUGACCUAACUUUGUUGUUGUUCUCAGGUCUUGUAAAUGAAGUACGUAUUGAACUGUCUGUUGUGUUCCAGCAGCAAAUACUGUACGUAAUAAACAGUGCUUUGUGAACACGUGAAA